GGGACGUGGGCUCUUCCUGUGAAAGACUGACGACUCUCAACAGGGUCGUUGGUUUUUUAAAAGGUCUCAGUUUGUUGGUUCUCAUGUAAUUAUAUUUUUCUAACGUAUUGUUUUAUUUUCUUGGUUAUUAAUCAAAGUCGUUCCGACUUACAGGUAUGCUCUUUGAUUUGGACUGUUUCUUUGUCGUGGAAAACAAUGAAGGCCUAGCUAGUUAGCUAACCUGCUAAUGGUAGCUAGCUAGCACCGGGCUGUCGAAAAAACCGAUGACAGGGCUGAUCAGCGAGGCUUCAGCCAAAGGAAUCGAGGGCAGGAUGGUUUCUGGUGGAAGGGUGUCCAUUCCGGGCCACAGCGUCAUAUGAAUUGACUUGGUAUGGCCUCCCAGCUGCAGGUGUUUUCCCCUCCUUCAGUGUCGUCGAGUGCCUUCUGCCGUGUGAAGAAGCUGAAGGUGGAGAGCUGCGCGUGGGAUGUGACGAGCCAAUCGGGCGAGGGCAAAUACUACCCGCUGAGCCCCACUCAGGGAAACUCCUCUGCCACUAGCGCUGUGACGGCGGCAGGCCAGGCCCCCGCCUUCAACCCCACCAGCAUGGCCUACAGCUCCGCCGGCCUGGUGUUCCCGCCGGCCGGGGGGUCGCGCGGGCAGGUGGUCGUGCGCGCCGCGGACAGCACGGGAAGCCUGCCGGGGGCCUCCGGCCGCCGCGGCGGCAACGACAACUCCGGGCACCGUGGCGACACGGGCCAGAAGUACGGGCUGAAGCGAAAGAGCGAGGAGGUGGACAGCAGUGGCAGCGUGCAGAUCCUGGAGGAGCUCUCGGCGCCCGUGCUGUCCAACCGGGCCGGCGGGGGCGGGGCCACCGCCCAGUCCAUCGCCCACUCGGCCUCCACCACCAAGAGCAGCAACUCCAACAGCGAGGGCGACUACCAGCUGGUGCAGCACGAGAUCCUGUGCUCGGUGUCCAACAGCUACGAAGUGCUGGAGUUCCUCGGCCGCGGCACCUUUGGGCAGGUAGCCAAGUGCUGGAAGCGAGGGACCAAUGAGAUUGUGGCCAUCAAGAUCCUGAAGAACCACCCGUCAUACGCCCGGCAGGGCCAGAUAGAGGUGAGCAUCCUUGGCCGCCUCAGCACGGAAAAUGCUGAUGAGUUCAACUUUGUGCGCUCCUACGAGUGCUUCCAGCACAAGAACCACACCUGCCUGGUGUUCGAGAUGCUGGAGCAGAACCUCUACGACUUCCUGAAGCACAGCAAGUUCAGCCCGCUGCUGCUCAAGUGCAUCCGGCCAGUCCUGCAGCAGGUGGCCACCGCCCUCAUGAAGCUCAAGAACCUGGGCCUCAUCCACGCCGACCUGAAGCCCGAGAACAUCAUGCUGGUGGACCCGCUCCGCCAGCCCUACCGGGUCAAGGUCAUCGACUUCGGCUCGGCCAGCCACGUGUCCAAGGCCGUCUGCUCCACCUACCUUCAGUCGCGCUACUACCGCGCCCCCGAGAUCAUCCUUGGCCUGCCUUUCUGUGAGGCCAUCGACAUGUGGUCGCUGGGCUGCGUCAUUGCCGAGCUCUUCCUCGGGUGGCCCCUGUACCCCGGAGCCUCAGAGUAUGACCAGAUCCGGUACAUCUCCCAGACCCAAGGGCUGCCAGCUGAGUACCUCCUGAGUGCAGGGACCAAAACAAGUCGAUUCUUUAACAGAGGCCCCGACUCCAGCUACCCUUUGUGGAGGCUAAAGACCCCCGCGGAACAUGAGGCGGAGAUGGGAAUCAAGUCAAAGGAGGCUCGGAAGUACAUUUUCAACUGCCUGGAUGACAUGAUGCAGGUAAACAUGUCGACCAACCUGGAGGGGACGGACAUGCUGGCGGAGAAGGCUGACCGGAGGGAGUUCAUCGACCUGCUGAAGAAGAUGCUGACUCUGGACGCGGACAAGAGGAUCACCCCCAUGAAGACCCUGAGCCACCCCUUUGUUACCAUGGCCCACCUGCUGGACUUCCCCCACAGCUCACACGUGAAGUCCUGUUUCCAGAACAUGGAGAUAUGCAAGCGCAGGUGCAACACCUUUGACAAUGGGAAGAGUCUGUUCACCGCCAACACAGCCCCCAACGCCGCUGCCAAUCUGACCGUUACCUUCAGCAGCCAGCUCAACCAGCAUAGUCAGGUGGCCCCGGCAGGCGGCCCCUCCCUCUCCCUCAGCAGCAACGUCCCGCUGCUCAACUACCAGCCGGCCCUGUACCAGCAGGCCACGAUCAACAUCCCCGGCCUCGCCCAGCAGAGCGUCCCCCUGCAGGCGCGCCCCGCCCAGCUGUGUGCCCAGGCCGAGCCCUUCCAGCAGACCCUCAUCGUCUGCCCUCCCACCAUUCAAGCAGGGCUCCAGGCUUCUAGUAAGCACUCUGGUUUCCCGGUAAGGAUGGACAACCCAGUACCCAUAGUGCCCCAGAACCAGUCCACCCAGCCUCUGCAGAUCCAGUCCGGCAUGCUCACACAGGGCUCCUGCACCCCCCUGAUGGUGGCCACGCUGCACCCCCACGUGGCGGCGGUGGCGCCGCAGUACUCGCUGCCCCUGGCGCUGGGAUGCGGGGCAGGAAGGCCUGCCCUUCUGGAGCAGACGGCCACCGUGCUGCAGGCGUGGCCAGCGGGCACCCAGCAGAUUCUCAUCCCCUCUACCUGGCAGCAGAUGCCGGGCGUGGCCAUCCACAACCCUACCCAGCCUGUCAUUCCUGAGUCACCAAUGGGAGCGCUCCUCUCUGACGGCUCUGCCCAGCAGAUCCCCAACUGGAGGGGUUCCCAUGGCGGCCAAUACAACGGCGUCAUGCAGCAGCCCUCCGUGCUGGGGGGUCACGUGCCGCUGGCCGCCGCCCAGCCGCUCAACAUGGGCGUGGCCCAUGUGGUGAGACCCCAGCAAGGGGGCACGUCGGGGAAGAGGUCCAAGGCCCGGCACACAGACAGCAGAACCAGGGCGAUGUCUCUGCUGGAGCCUGCGGCACACAACAGCCCCCUGCUCAGCACUCCCGCCUAUAGCGCCGUGCUCUCUCAGCCAAUCGUCAUCUCCGACACUCCCAGCCCCGCCGUCAGCAUCAUCACCAUCCACAGCGACACGGAGGACGAGGACGAGAGGAAGUUCCACCCUGCCAGCUGCGGGGUGGGCCAGCGGGCUAACGUCAUCAGCUGCGUGACGGUGCACGACUCGCAGGACUCGGACUCCUCCACCGGCAGCCCCCUGAGCCCCAAGCGCCUUCCCAACUUCACCGAGUCGGCGGCGCACCUCUCCAAGUCCCUCGCCAUCGUUGUACCGUCCGUCAAGAGCCAGCUGGGGGAGGGGGUGGCGCCCAAGCACACCUCGGGAGCAGGCCAAGCCCAGAGCGUUUGCACUAAGCCCAAGAAGGCGGCCUUGCAGCAGAGCUGCAGCUCGGGGCUCGGCGGCGAGCGCCAUCACCGAGCCGCACCGAGCCGGUCGCAGCCCCUCAACCUCAGCCAGGUCCAGCCCUCCGUGACUUCGUCCCAGGAGCGAAUGGGCGGCAGCUCCUCACGCCGGCACCAGACCUACCCCCCUGUCUCCUCUCACACCCGCUACCGCCUGCAGGAACCGUCGCUCUUCAGCUCCGCCCCGAACCUGUACACCUACCCGGCCUCUGCCGCGCUGGCCUCCGCCUCCCAGGCCAUGGACCAACUGCUGGGCUCCGGGCAGGGCUCCGCCCCUUCCGGCUCCUCCCGCCACACCAGCGCCAGCGGGCCCUACGCGUCGUCGGGCCUCAUGCGGAAGGACUCCGUGGGUGUGGGGCACGGCCUGCCCGCCCAGUACCAGCACCAGUUCUCCACCCAGCCCUACAUCGCCUCCAACAGCCGCGCCAACGCCGCCUACAGCAGCUACCAGCUCAGCCCCAGGAAACUCAACCAGUACCCCUACCUGUGAGGAGGGGAGGCUUCAUGACUGAACAGUGCAGGGUUGGGGGAAACCCGCCACGCCCAGCCUGAGACCAAACUAGAGGCCGCAGCUGUGAGUCGUGACGGCGGCAUCGGCCCCAUUCCUUGAGGUUUACUGCAGGGACUACUCCUUUCAUUUUCAACUGAAAACAUUUUUUUCUUCAGGCUUUUCAUGUGCUUUUAAACUAAUUUUGGAAGUUUUAAAGCCUUAGUGUUAUUUUAAGCGAUUUUAAAAAAAAAAUUUGUUCUGAUUUUUAAGAUGUUUUUUAAACAAAUGGGUUAAUAUUUUUUGGUCCAGUUUCUUUUGACUGUAAUGUUGUAAUGUAAAGUACGCUAUGUUUUGGUAACUGAUGAAACCGUUGUUUUAAGCAGAGGAGGACACCCCGGCUUCAGAACGUAAAAGUCCUGCCACAUAUUUGUUCCACCCAUGCAUUAC